AUGAUUCAGAUCUUGUUAAAGAUNAUGACACGGCAAGAUUUUCAAACAAAAAAUUUAAUCGAAUUUUGGUGUUCAUUGACAAAGGCUUAUCCGCUGGCUGUAUCCAGGGCAGUGAAAUUUUUGAUUCCAUUUGCCACUACAUAUCUCUAUGAGUCGGGAUUUUCUUCAAUGGUUACAAUCAAAACAAAAUCACGAAACCGAUUAGAUAUUAAAAAUGAUAUGCGUAUUGCUCUGUCUAAAACUGUUGAUGCUGCGCUAAAUUUCACACAUCUUCGUCUUGCACCAAAUCCACAGAUCAACCUUCAACGUGCGCUCUCUGUGGAGGAAGUCAUCCAGCAAAUUACCGCGGAUGUACUGUUCACAAAGACCUACAGAAAUAUCUCCUCCGGGGACUAUUUACUGGCCUUCCCACCAAAACCAGCACCCGAUAUUUAA